AUGUCUGGGGACCCCGAGGUUGCACGCACCCCUGAAGGGGAUGAGACUGAGGAAGAAGAAAUUAAAUCCUCAUACAAACCGCCACCAGAGAAGACAAUUGAGGAAAUACUAGCAGCUGACCAAGAGGACGAGUCUUUGAGGAAAUAUAAGGAAGCGUUAUUGGGACAGGCUCAAGCCGGAACAGUCAUAGUCGAACCCAACGACCCGCGCAAGGUGAUUGUGAAGAAACUGGCGCUCUGCGUUACCGACAGGGACGACGUCGAGCUCGACCUCACCGGGGACCUCACAGACCUCAAGAAACAGGUGUUCGUGAUCAAGGAGGGCGUUCAGUACCGGAUAAGGAUCGACUUCAUAGUGCAGCGUGAGAUCGUCCACGGCCUGAAGUACGUGCAGAAGACGUAUCGGCUCGGCGUGCCAGUUGACAAGAUGACGCACAUGGUCGGCUCGUACCCGCCCAAGACCGAGAUCCAGUCGUACACGACACCGCCGGAGGACGCGCCCUCCGGGAUGAUGGCGAGAGGGUCGUACACUGUGAAUAGUCUGUUCACCGACGACGACAAGAACAUCCACCUGCAGUGGGAGUGGAGCUUCGAGAUCAAGAAGGACUGGAAGGAC